GUAUGAUUCUGGGCUACAGUACAGAGAACAUAAAUAAUCAGCAUUGUUGAAUCACUCGCAAGUGACUUUCUUUAGUACUCCCAUUAUGUCUUCUAUCUUUGAUGUCAACACGCAGCUCACAUUUUACGGCGCAUAUCAUAAUAAUAAGAUCAACAUUCUCAUCCAUGUCAUCUGCGUACCGCUGAUUAUGUGGUCGGCUAUGGUGCUACUUGCAAGCGCCCCGCAUCCAUCCUUCUUACCGGAAUACCACCAGGAAUUUAACAAAUGGCUGGUGUUUGAGCUGAACUAUCCGGCUAUUCUCUUCACGGUCUACGAGACAUAUUAUUUCAUACUGGAACCUGUAGCUGCUUUACUCUACGCGCCACAAUUCACCCUCUCCCUUCUAACGGCUACUGCAUUUGCUCAGAGGUCUGACCAUCUGACCGUAGCUAUUACCAUGCAAACAAUCUCCUGGAUUGCCCAAUUCCUUGGUCAUGGUGUUGCAGAGAAGCGAGCACCCGCGCUCCUUGACAAUCUAGUUGGUGCCCUCGUUCUCGCUCCUUUCUUUGUUCAUCUGGAGAUACUUUUCGCCUUGGGCUAUCGACCUGAUAUGCACAAGCGUCUUGUAAAUGACGUUGGGACAGAGAUUGCACGUAUCAAAAAGAUCGAAGGUGACAAGCGCCGGUCGAAAAGUCAGUGAACAGCAACUGUCUGCAAUACCCUGUUCUUUCGAUUGUUUUGCAGUCAGAUUCUUUAUGUACCGUAGUACCCAUUGUUAUUGUAUCCCAAGGAAACGGAAUUUAUGUACACCUAUCCUCUACGGUAAUCCAUACUCUCGAAAUCUGCAUAUGUAUCAGUUAUUGGCCAAGCUCGCUGGAGGGGGUAGAACUGGCUCUCCAAUUGCAGUCACAUAUGCGGAUGAAAGUCCUCCGUCGACAGUAAAAUCAGUACCCUGUUAGUCUAAUCAGUGAAGGGAGGGUUAGAAAAAGAGUGGAGAUUUACUGUCAUGUAACUGCUGUCGUCACUCGCCACUGAGAACAUGCCAACACCGCCUGCUCAAUAGCUU